AUGGAGAACGUCCUUGCGACCCAGUCCGCCUUCCAGCGGCUCAAGGGCUUCUGUGUCCCACUACUCGGCAACUCUCUUCUCACUCCCAGCUCCACUCCGGUCAUCAACAAGCUACUCUCCCAAUUACACCACGCUCUCCUCCAUCUCCAAUCGGAGCGUCAUGUGUUCGCCCCUGCUACCAUAUCCUACGUCUUCUUCCCCCUCUCGUCCAUCUUGCGUCGCAACGAUGUAUCUACCAUCCCGGAUCAAACUCUCGAAAAGAUCUUGGCCAUCCUAGCCCUGCUGUCCGACGUCUGGUGGUGGGACAUGGAAGUCACCGCAUGGGAGCAGAUCUUCAUGUUGUGCAGCGCCAUCCUCGGAGGCAUCGACCGCAAAGGGAAGGGGAAGGACCGUGACGACGAGACGAAGCUCGCUGCCGCUCGUACUCUCUGGGCAUUGCUCAGAGAGCGCAUCCCCUCCGAAGAUCCUGCACACCAUGGCGAUCGCGCGCGUACCAACUUGGCCGCCUUCAUAGCCCAUGCACAGACAGCCAAGUUUCUGCCGGUCAUGGGACAGACUCUCAACUCUCUAUUGACCACGGCCGAGUCCCAGCACCUGCCCCUUCAGCGUAUGUCAUUGAUCGUUCUCUCCGCCAUCGUCAAGGACUACCUUCCUGACGGGUUCGUACCGUCGAUCCUCCCUGGCACGGUCAGUAGCAUGGCCAAGGUCGCUCUCGGCACGGGUUCAUCGCGAGGAUGGGCAAAUGGCGACAUCGUCGCCGCAGCUCUCCUUGUCAUGGAACAAGUCAUCGUUCGAGCCAUCGGUAAUGACAUCUGCAUCCGCGAGGGCGCAAUACGGAACGUCGACCAUCUCGAGGACCUGGUUGGAGACCUUCGAUCAGCGGACAUCAAUGUAGACGCUCCACCUUCCUCGCCAUAUACGACACUGCGCACCGCGACGUGGCUCCGGGCUACAUCUUCACAACUGCACAUCGCAAUAAACAGUCUAUCUCCCCUCGUCAAGCACCAGACUCCCGCGGCCCUCAUCGGACUCGCCACAUUUUCAGCAGCCGUGCUCUCCGCAACCACCCUCACGCUCCCGCAAUCACAGCCCCUAUUGCUCUCCUUCCUCCUGUCCCUGCGGGGCUCCCCGUUCGAGCGUGUAUCGCGCCAAGCCGACACCGCGCUGCGGCAGCUCCUCACCGCCCCGUCCAGCUCCCGACACCUCACCCUCAAGGUCCUCCUCCAAAUAUCCAGCGACAACCUCGCCGCCCUCCCCCGCCUCCUCCUCUCGCACGCCGACGCAAAGCUCGAGCACGCCGCGGACAUCCUCCACUCCGUCUGCCUCCUCGCGACCGCCCCCGCCGGCUCCCAGCUCCCCGCGGUCCCCGCCAUCUCCGCGGGCGUAGGCAAGCUGCUCGGCCCGCACGGCGGCGUCGAGAAGUGGGGCUGGGGCCUGCUCUCCACCCUCGAGUUCGCGAACCCCCCGCUCGUGGUCGCGCAGGGGCAGCAGGCGCUCGAGGGCGCCGCGCACGCCCCGACGCCCUUCCCGGAGCUCGCGCUCCGCCACGUCAGCUCGCGCUCUGCGCAGGAGGCGCUCGCGCGCACGUUCCGUGCCCUCGGGGCGACCGCGCGCGAGGAGUGCCUGUUCGCGGCGGAGUGGUUCGUCGACGUCGGGCUGGGCAGCCGCGGGCAGCGCGCGGUCGCCGCGCUGUGGUGCGCGUGCCGGCUGCUCGAGGGCGCUGGAGGGGUCGAGCUCGGGGCGCUGGCGAGCAUGGACAUGACCGCGAGCGUUGCUGCCCGCCGGGGGAAGAGGCUGGAGAAGUUCGCGCGGGAGCUGGCGAGGCGCAUCGCGGAGAGCUGGGACGACUGGGACGACGACGAGGCGCCUGACCAGGCCGCGGGGCCGCAGGGGGAGGCGGACCCGGGCGAGGAGAACACCCUCGUCGAGCACGUCCAGGGCCUCGUCACCGUCCGCGGCGUGCCCGGGGCGGAGGGUGUCGCGUCGGCGGCCGCGCGCGCGCACCCGGGCGUGCAGCCCCUGCUGCACCGCGCGCUGUCCCUGCAGCUGCUCGCGGUCGCCGCGGGCAUCCUCGAGGCGCGCUUCCUGCCGCUGCUCCUGCACGUGCUCUACCCGGUGCUGCACGCGGUGGUGUCUGAGACGUCGCUCGUGGCCGCGUCCGGGCUCGCCGCGCUCGAGUUCAUCGCGAGCAGCACGUCGUACGCGACGCCCGCGAACCUCCUCCUGUCGAACUUCGACUACGCGCUGGACGCGGUCUCGCGGCGCCUGACGCGGCGGUGGCUCGACGUCGACGCGACGAGGGUGCUCGCGGUGCUGGUGCGGCUCGUCGGGCGCGACGUCGUGCGGAAGGCGGGGGACGUCGUCGAGGAGUGCUUCGACCGGCUCGACGAGUACCACGGCUACGAGGCGGUCGUGGACGGGCUCGUCGAGGUGCUGGGCGAGGUUGUGAAGGCCGUCGAGGAGGACGAGGAGAACAGGCUGCCCCGCGCAUCGCGCUCGGCCGCUUUCUGCGGUCCUGAGCGGAUCGAGGACGCGCGCCGCGUGGACGACUUCGUCGCAUGGUUCACCCGGCGAGGGGAGGACAACGCCGACGCCGGCGACACGGAGAAUGGUGGCUUCUCGGGCCCGCCCCGCGACAAGUCUUACCCGCGCGAGGAAGAAGAAGGCGCCACCGACGGCAACGCACCCGCGACCGCACCCUCGACAGCACCAGCACAGCCAGGGUCGCGGGCCGAGGACGACCCGUCCGCAGAAGCACCCUCGACGCCCGCCCAAGCCCUGACGACACAAAUUGUCACCCGUUCGGUGUACUUGCUCACACACGGCGCGCCGACCGUGCGCGCGCGGAUCCUCCUCCUCCUCGCGCGCUCCGUGCCCGUCCUCCCGGAGGCCGCGCUCCUCCCCGCCGUGCACGGCGCGUGGCCGUUCGUGCUGAACCGCCUCGCCGACGCCGAGACGUUCGUCGUGAGCGCCGCCGCCGCGUUCGUCGCCGCGCUCGCCGAGCACGUCGGCGACUUCAUGGCGCGCCGGGUCUGGGACGACGUGUGGCCGCGGUUCCGCACGAUGCUGCAGCGCCUGGCCGAGGGGGACAAGGCCAGUGCUCUGGCGAGGCGCGCCCCAGGCGUGGGCGAGGGCGUCGGGACCGCGUCGGCGUACACGCACUCCCACCGGUUGUACAAAGCGAUCGUCGCGACGAUGACGGCGGCCGCGCGCGGCGUGCAGGCACAGGACGCGGCGGUCUGGGAGGUCGUUGUACUCUUUCGGCGGUUUCUGCGGCGCCAGGCACACGAGGAGCUGCAGGCGUGCGCGCGGGGGCUGUACGUCGCGCUCGCGGAGAAUAAUGAAGACGCCGUGUGGCUCGCGCUCUCCGCUACGCUUGGGCGGGUGGGGGGGCCGGUGGCCUUUUUGCGGGAGCCGCAGUGGGACAUCGAGCAGAACGUCAAGAUCAUACUGUCCGAGUAG